ACACACAGCUUUGUUUUUUAAACUCCUCCGUCCUCCUUAUUUCCGUUACCGUCACCGUCCACCUCUGUUACUCCCAUCCUCACCGUUCAUCUCCCUCCCGAUCCACCUCCCCGCCGUUAACCGUUAUGAAGCACUCCGUCAACGGCUCCUUCUCCCCGAGAUCCUCCCGUCCUUCCCCGCCGUCUCUUCCCCGAGAAGACUGCUGGAGCGAGGAAGCGACGUUCACGCUAAUCCAAGCCUGGGGCUCUCUCUACCUCAGCCUCAGCCGCGGCAACCUCCGUCAGAAUCACUGGCGCGAGGUCGCUAACGCCGUCAACGACCGUCACUUCAACGCCGGCCGUAACGUCUCCGCCGCGAAAUCUCAGCCGUACCGCACCGACGUCCAGUGUAAAAACCGGAUCGACACGUUGAAGAAGAAGUACAAAGUCGAGAAAGCUAGGUCUUCCGGCGGCGGCGGCGGCUCCGGCGGCGGUGAUGGUGGCUCCGGCGGUGGUGGCGGUGGCGGCUACGUCAGCACGUGGCCGUUCUUCACCGAUCUCGAUGACCUUCUCGGAGAAACCUUCCCUCCGGCGACUACUCCGUCGCUGCCGAUGACGGUUGUUCCGGUUCCGGUGGCUCCACGAUCGGCGAUCCCGCGACGUCCGGCGCCGGCGCCGGCGAUUAUGAGAAUCGGAGGGGAGAAUAUGCUCGGAUGUCGCGGGAAUCUGAACGCGUUCGCGGCGGCUGCGGCGGCCGCCGCGUACGAGGAUGAUUCGGAUGGGUCAAGGUGGAGAUGGAGCGGAGGAGGGAAGAGGAAGCGUGAAGGUGAAGGUUACUGGGAAGUAGCGGAAGCGAUAGAGAGGCUUGGGGAGAUAUACGAGAGGGUGGAGGAGAGGAAGAGGAAGGAGAUGUUGGAGUUGGAGAAGCAGAGGAUGAGGUUCGCUAAGGAGCUGGAGUGUCAUAGGAUGCAGCUGUUCACGGAGAUGCGUCUUCGUCUUCGUAAGCUCAGGCGUUCCAGAGUUCCGACAUCUUCCGCUCUUGAGUAUGGGAUGAUGGGUUUGCCAAGUUACUUGUAAGGGUAGGCUCCUUUUAUUUCUUGCCUUCACCUUUGACAACUCUCUUCUCUCACAACCAGCAUCAAUUGGUCUUGUCUAAAGAGCCUUAUGUAAAUCCUUGGUGUUUUUGCUUUCAGUUCUUGGUACGUUUUUGGUUUUGUGCUUGUGAUUAUUAUACAUGAGUGAUGAAGUUUGUGAUUGUAGCCAUUGAUGAACAAAGAAGAAGCCAUCCUGUAUAAAUUAUAAGAUUUUUGUAUCUUUUCAAAGCACAAGAAAAU